UAAAGCAGGCCUAUGCUGCCCUUACCUUCGCAGCUUUGCUCAACGUUUAUACCGCAAAGUAUUUCAACUUUACUUUUCAAAUUUAUAAUGUGACAAAGUUUAUGGAUACAAACUUUACAAUUUGGACGUACAAUACUACGAAAACAACUAAGUACACUUGCUUUAAGGAUGACGUGUGCAACAUAACAAACGAUGUCGUGUACUUCAACAGAUCCUACUAUUACGAAAAAUGGAAAACUUAUCCAAUGCAAGCAAACUUUGAUGCAAGAGACAAAAGUUUAAUGACUGUGGGCCCCAUAGGUGGACUGAAAACUCGUAUUGAAUCGUUAGAGUUCGCAAGCAGCAGCUAUAUGUGCGGAAUCUUUUAUGUGAGACCUGCGAACGGUUUCGGUCAUCGUGGCUGGCGUGACCUUAGGUUUAAAGACCCAAACAAGAGAAAAGUGCCGGAGCAGGAAUGCUUGGACAGAUUUCAUGGAGUGGCUCGCAAGACCAGCAUUGUAUACUACGAUUUCUGUUCCGACCCAAAGUGAUGUACGGAGCGGCACUACCGUGAAGACACUGUGUACCAAGUCGUCCUGGCAUAUCCGACCUUAUCACCAGGAAUUAAAACGGAGCUUAAUUUUAAGCGGAUUAAAAAGUCACGUGUACA